CCCUCAACUCCACUAACAAAGGCUCUAUUCCCACUUGUUACCAAGUUGUAGUCUCUUAAGUUCCCAUGAUACAUAUUCUUCCCUUCAUAUAAUAUUGCGAGAGCUUGUAAAAAUUGCUUUAGAUAAAGCUUGAAUUUGUCCCAAUUCUCGACCCAGACAUCAGCCAAGUCCUUGUCAUAAUGCUGGUAAAUAAAAACCCAUGUCUCCCCCUCGCGAAAAUAAACUCAUAAAAAAUGUUGGGAUGAGUGUCUCAAAGAAUUAUUAAAACACCGUAUCUGUCUCUGAACUUCUUCUCUGUGAUUAUUUGAUACUUCUAAAACUUUAACUUUUCUUCCAGUAGUGCCUAAUAUUGUAUCUGAAAUAAUAAUGCGACCCUCUUCUACUCUUUUAACUUCAUCCUUGUUAGUAUACAAUUGAUGGUUUUUCAUUGAUAUUAAUAAUCCUAGUUGAAGCAAGUGCAGCGUUAGUAACAAACUCAUACCAGUGAUUAUUUUCAGCAGCAAAAAUACUAGUUCAGUGAUGUUUUCAACAACAAAAUCAAAAUGUAGUCAUGUAUUACAGCAACAAAACUGAGAAAGAAAGAACAGCGGAAUUUGUUGGAACUCACCAAAUCGGGAACCAAAUUUUGGUUGCGUGAAGGAAGCUGAUGGUGAGACUCGGAGCAAGGAGACGACAAAGACGACCAGCCCCGGAACCUACUGCUUCUGUCGCCAGCGACUAUGAGCAAACGGAGGGUGGUAACAAGACAGAGAGCGACAACGACAAUCGACAAUCAAUCCGAGGACCUACAAAAUCAAGCAUUCAAUCCUGAAGAUUACUGCUUCAUAUUACUGUUGUUGCUUUUAAUGUUAGACAGCAGUCCAAAUAGCUUAACAGUUGGAAAAAAAAGGAGAAUGCUUAACAAUUGAGAAAAAAAAAGGAGAAUACUAAAUAUUUGUUUUGAACUUUGCACAAAAAAGCUUAAUAAUUGAACUAUGCCUUGAUAUCCUUUUGGGUUUAGCAACUGGGUGUUAUGCCCAAAAAAUAUAAAUAUAAAAUAUUGACUAUGGUCAAAGAAAGAUAACUUACACCACUAUCUAGUUAUACCAUUUCAAAGUUGAUUUAUUAUACUAAUCAAAUUUAAAUCUAGUUUUUAUUUUUCUUUUCAUUGUUUUCCCUCUUUUGUUGUGUGUGUUGGGGAGUGGGUUGUUUUAUGAAUUCAGGCCAUUCUCUCUGGGGAACCAAGUAUUGUUGAGGCAGCUGCUGCAUUGUUGAAGGCUAUUGUUACCAGGAAUCCCAAGGCCAUGAUACGUCUAUACAGCACCAGUGCAUUUUAUUUUGCACUGGCCUAUCCAGGAUCUAAUCUACUUUCAAUUGGGCAACUCUUUACCGUCACCCUUGUCCACCAAGGAUUUCAUGGUGGCGAAGAGGCUGCGGUUUCAGCUUCAUUGCCUUUGGCAAAACGCAGUGUUCUUGGUGGACUUCUUCCUGAAUCUUUGUUGUAUGUAUUGAAGCGCAGUGGUCCAGCAGCAUUUGCUGCUGCAAUGGUAUCAGAUUCUGGCACUCCUGAGAUAAUAUGGACUCAUAAAAUGAGGGCAGAAAAUUUAAUACGUCAGGUAUUGCAAAUUAAGGUUUUGCAACACCUUGGUGAUUUUCCACAGAAAUUGUCACAGUAUUGCCAUGUUUUGUAUGACUAUGCCCCAAUGCCUCCAGUUACAUACCCUGAACUUAGAGAUGAAAUGUGGUGUCAUCAUUAUUACUAGAGGAAUCUGUGUGAUGAAAUCCGCUUUCCAAAUUGGCCUAUUGUUGAGCAGCUUGCAAGAUCCUUGAAAUAUCCUUGGAUGAUGUAUCCAGUGAUGAUGUAAAUA